AUGUGUUGCUGCGCUCUACCAGCACCACCCGAGCCAGCAACCCCAAAGGCGGAAAGCGGAGGAGUCGAGGAGACGGAGCUGGACAAACUCACGCCAGAGGGUAAACGAGCACUGAAAGGAAAAGACAAAGAAGUCGACCCAGAGGCAGAACUCGACCCAAAGGCAGAAACCGUCCCAGAGGCAGAAGUCGACCCAAAGGCAGAACCCGUCCCAGAGGCAGAAGUCGCCCCAAAGGCAGAAGUCGUCCCAAAGGCAGAAACCGUCCCAGAGGCACAAGGCGCCCAAAAGGCAGAAGUCAUCCCAGAGGCAGAAGUCGUCCCAAAGGCAGAAGUCGUCUCAAAGGCAGAAGUCGUCGCAAAGGCAGAAGUCAUCCCAAAGGCAGAUGUCAGAAGAAUACGCCUACGAGACCCAAAUACAGAAAUCAGAGGAAUACGCGCACGAGACCCGAAGGCACUACGCAAACGAAUCCGUUACGAUAUAGGAGAAGGCCCCCAGCGAGGCGAGUCAUCUACAACAGCUGCUCAGCGUGCUCAAAACGAUAAUCCUUCUGAGGAAAAUUCUUUUGAGGAGGACGAAGAAUUACGAGAAAUCCCGCUCCCCCCUGAGUGGGUAUGUAGACGGAAGGACAGCGGCAAAGUUUUCAUCAACCUCAAGACCGGGAAGGAGACCUAUGAUGAUCCGCGAGGAACACAGGAACAACUCGAGAACGUAUGGCGGCACCCGGGACGUCGUGAUUUCCCCCCUGACUGGGACGUAUUUUGCGACUCUGCCGGCAGACAUUACUAUGCCGACUUCUCCAGAAGCGCACCCAGAAGGACGCGGCUGGACCCGCGAGGUGAUCGCAUUCCAAGAGGUGCUGGGGGAGAAAUACUGACGCCGGAACAUUGCCACGGUUGGGUGAAGUUGCGGACGCGUGACCACAUUCCUUACUACAUCAAUAAGAUCACAGGCGAGAGGUCGUGGGAGGAUCCGCUGGAAAGAGAGGGGGGUAGGGGAACACCACCAGUGGCGCCGGAGGAUUUGCGCAAUUUGCUGAGUUUGAAGAGGGUUGGAAACGCGCCUCGCGAUGUCAACAACAGCACAGGCGGCGAGGAGACGCCGGAGGACCCGCCAGCUGCUUGGCGGGCUCCAGCACGUUUUGUGGAGGCAUUACAGAUGAUACCGGACCAUUGCCCCGGUUGGGUGAAGAUAUGGACGGCGGGAAAUGUGCCUAAAUAUAUCAACACCGGCACGGGCGAGCCGGACGAGUUGCCCGGUUGGGUGGCGGUUCAAAUGCCCGAGAACGUGCUUCAUUAUAUCAAUAUCAGGACUGGCGAGCUGGCGGAAGAGGAUCCGCGAGAUUUGCUGGCUCGAAGAGCUUGUUCUGAUCCACUGCGGCCGUGGGUUUGGCCCAGUUCGACGAGGUUCCGGAGGUGUGACGGUACGUUAGCUGGUGCGAGAGCCGGUGAGGGAUCCAGUGCUGGAGGGGGUGAGGGAUCCAGUUCUGGAGCAAGUGCUAAAGCGGGUGCGGAAAUAACACCAAUGGAAGUUUUGUCUAGCAACAUGAUGUUCCGGACGCGUGACGGUACGCUAGUUCCAAGCGGUGGUGCGAGAGCUGAUGUGGCCUCGGGUUCUGGCGGGGGUGCUGGAGCGGGCAUACCAGAGGCGAGGGAGCUGGUGCGGGAGCUGGUGUGGCUUCGGGUUCCGAGGUGGAUGCGGGAUCUAGUGCUGGAGGGGGUGAGGGAUCUGGUACUGGAGGGGGUAAGGGAUCUGGUUUUGGAGGGGGUUAGAGAUCCAGUUCUGGAGGGGGUGCGGGAUCCGGUUCUGGAGGAAAUGCUGGAGCUGGUGCUGGAGCAAAUGGGGGAGGAAGUGAUGGAGUAA